AUGCGGUUCCUGUGUCUACACGGUGCCAGCACCAAUUCCGAGGUACCCCAGAUUUUCCAAAUUCAAACCGGCGGCCUGCGCCAACCGCUCGAGGAAAAGGGCCACCGCUUCAAAUUCAUCAAUGGCAGCCUUCCCACCGGCGUGGAGGAGGGCCUCGAAGGUGUCGUCGACGGCCCCUUCUACAACCACUACCCGCGCGACCCAGCUCUCCCCAGCGCACAACUAAGCGAAGCAUUCGAACACGUCCAGCGCGCGAUCGAAAGUGACGGCCCCUUCGAUGCGGUAAUGGGCUUCUCGCAGGGCGCCGCGCUGGCCGCCGCGCUCAUCGCGCACCACACCAAGACGCAACCCACCGCGCCGCCGCUCUUCCGGGCCGCAGUCUUUCUCUGCGGUGGAUCGCCGUGGGAGGGCUCGGGGAUGGUGCGUAUCGUGCCGCAGCCGGACACGUAUGUGAUCAAUAUUCCCACGGCGCAUGUGGUGGGCAAGCAGGACCCGUUGUACCCGGAGAGCAUGAAAUUGUAUGGGUUGUGUGAGCCGUCGAAGGCGGCAUUCUGGGAUACGGGGUCGAAGCAUAUGGUGCCGUUUGAUCAGAAGAAUACGGAGGAGAUGGUGCGGGUGAUCGAGGAGACGGUUGCGAAGGCCAUGAGGGGGUGA